UGUAGGCUUAGUAUUUUGCAUCCGUAUUACGUACUUAUUUUACAUAUAAAAUGCAUACGAGAAUAUGGAUCCCUCACUAUUUUCUGUUACUGGAUCCAUGCAACACGCAAUACGUACGUAGCACUUCCGGUUGCACGACGAAAUCGAGACGGCCGGAGAUGGGCCGGGAUGAAGCGGAUGGCCAGCAGUGUCUACUUGUCUCACUGUGCCUUUGUUGCACUCCGCAACGCUCUGCUGGGACCGCCUUUCUGCCCAUUGAAUCACCGAGUAGUUUCGUCCGUGCAGUCUGCCGGAGCCAGUCUUUGCAUGCGUAGGGAGACAGACCCUAAUUUACUCACUAGUGGGUUCGAAACCCGACCAGCUACCCUUUACCUGGUUCAGCCCUCCUGCCAAAGCCGUUACCGGGGUGUGGCCGCUGCGCAUGCCUCAGCUUCGUGGAGCCACAGAGAACGGCGUUGACAGCCAGAAAGUGGAACCCUUCUCACGGAAUCUGCGAAGUCAAGAGCCUAACGAAGUGUGAAAACACCGCAUCGCCCAAUCAAUCAAAGCAAUCUUCACCAGAAUGGUUUCCUUGAGGGUUCUUGUCUUGUGCUCAGUGCUGAUCCUCAGCCUCGUUCUCGCCAAAGUGUCAGGCGCCAGUACCACAACCUCCAGCAGAAGCUCCCGCACUAAACUGAAUACGGCUACCUCCGAAUUGGACAUGACCACCUCUAAAUUGGAAAUGAGCACCCCCAAACUGAAAGUGACCACCCCCAAAAUGGAAAGGGCCACUUCCGAAGUAGACAAAACCACUUCCAAAUUGGACAUAACCACCUCCAAAAAGGACAAAACCACCUCUAAAGUGGACACGCCCACCCACGCAAUGGGCAGCUUCUACAAAUUGGACAAGGACUUCAAAGAUAUAUUAAAUUAUUUCUGUUACGGAUGGAUGCAUGGGAUCAUGAGUGGAAUUGAAAAGCAAAGUACAUACAGCCUAUGUGAGGUAAUGAAAAUGGACAAGACUCACCAAAAGACUCUUAAUGUAUGUUCUGAGAAAGAAUACACUAUCAUUAGGGGUCUGUCUUGCGGUACUACAGAUACACACGUGACCAGGAGAAAUGCCACGAUCAGUAAAUCGAGGGGGAAAUUCUUCGAUUACGUAAACGAGGAACUCAGAACGAGAAUAUCCACCACGUGUCAUGUUGGCCUCAUCGGACUGGAAGACACAAAACAGAUUCCAAACGACCAGGCAAAGGUUUGUGCUGUAGUCAAGAAAAAUGCCCAAAAACAAAAGAUCCUCGCCCUAUCUUGUACCGUGAACGAGUACAGUACCAUUAAGGCAGUAGUCUGCGGUAGUCCUGCUGCUUUGACCGGAAGUGUCAUCAUACUGGUCAUCCUGACUGUCUGCCACCGCGUGCUCUGAGAGUCUGGACGUUUGAUUCUGACCACGUGAUGACUCUGAUACAAACAUCCGACGACGUUUUCAACUAACACUUUUUUCCACACAUUCGACAUAACUUACAUGACAUAUUAGUUAUUUCAACCUCAUGGGUCUUUAUCUUGCUGGAAUUUGCAGAGAGGGCAUAGAUUCCUUUAGUUUAGCCCAUUUAUUUUUUAGUCUGCCUAUUCUUAAUAAAUUGCCCUUUUAUGUUUAGAGAUUCGAACUAAAUGUGUUGUGUUUUAAAUUUUGAAUUUAAAUUAUAGUGGAAACAAACAGGAAAAAUGAUGUUUGACCUCAAAUCUCUUUCUUGGUUAUGAUUUCCACCUUGAAAUAUUUCUUCAUUCUUCGAACAAUUAUCAGUAAAUGACUUAUCCAAGCG